CCUUCAGUUGACUUCCUCAGUGGGGCCGAGACAGAGACGAUGGCGGCGGCUGCCUGCAGCCAGCACACCGCUGUCACUACCGCCACCGUUAGUGGCAAAAAACCGCAUGCUAACAGAGAACAUAGCCGGAGGAACCGUGAGAACUCUCGACGGAGACAAGCGGCUCUUUUGUUUCUCAGUAACAUCUCCCUGGACGGCCGGCCAGUCCAGAGUAAUUCCGCUGAAAAUCAAGGAACACGCCACCACAAACACAACGACUCGGAGGGAGCAGACUCCAGCUCUGCGGCGGGGCUGCAGCCGGUUUGUGUCCGGAUACCGGCAACAGUAGUAGCUACGGGACAUUCUCUAAUGUACCAGCUUCCGUAAGCAGCGGGACAGUCACUCAUUCCGCGGCACCGAGAACGGGACUCACCACCGUGCCGCCGAUUCUCGUCCUGCCGUCGGACACGGACUUCAACGAUGUGGGGAGCACCGAGGUGUUGCUGGAGUGUCGCAGAGGCUCGUUUCCUUCCUCCGGGAACAGUAACCUGCUCUCGGCGUCCCCUUCCAACACCAGCCUGCUGCCGUCGCCGGUGGGACCGCGGAAGUCGUCCACUUUGCUGUCGGUUCAAAGCUGUAACUCGGUGUCCUCAGAGCCGCGACAAAGAACUCGUAACCUCUCCGGUGGUUCUCCCAGACCUCGACACACCAAGAAGAUUCACUUCAUCAAAAAUAUGAAACAGUACGACACAAGAGGCAGCAGAAUCGUGCUCAUCUGUGCUAAGAGGUCUCUGUGUGCUGCCUUUUCUGUUCUUCCCUACGGAGAGAGCUUCUACCUCAGUGAUCCUUUGUUAAAUCACCCCAGGAGGAGACACUCGUCUGGAAACAUCUCUACCACCCUGGAAAUGCUGCCGGGGCUAGAGGGUUUUCACCUGGACACCUAUGGCAGGUCUGUGUCAUACGCACAGUUCCUGUACCCCACUAACGCGCUGGUGAGGCAGAAGCCGUCGUCUUCCAGCGACCUGACGCUGCAGAUUCCCGUUUCCAGGAGCACACACAGCAUUCCGGGCAGGAGCUACCCGCCCAGCCGGCUGAGCAGCACCGUGGGACUGGAUCUGGGUGUGGAGGAUGUGAUGGAUUAUGACCCCAACCUGCUCAGUGACCCCCAGUGGCCCUGCGGCAAACACAAACGAGUGCUGAUCUUCGCCUCUUACAUGACGACAGUUAUAGAAUAUGUCAAACCGUCUGAUCUGAAGAAAGAUAUGAACGAGACUUUUAAGGAGAAGUUUCCUCACAUUAAACUCACCCUCAGCAAAAUCCGAAGCCUAAAGAGAGAGAUGAGAAUAGUCGGGGAGGACUGCGGCCUGCAGCCCGUCACCCUCGCGAUGGCAUACGUCUACUUUGAAAAGCUGGUGCUGCAGGGUCGCCUCAACAAGCAGAACAGGAAGUUGGUCUCAGCUGCAUGCAUCCUAUUGGCAGCUAAGAUCAGCAGUGACCUCAAGAAACAGGAAGUCAAACAUCUAAUUGACAAGCUGGAGGAGCGUUUCAGGAUCAGCAGGAGGGAGCUCAUAUCAUUCGAGUUCACCAUCCUGGUCGCCCUGGAGAUGGCGCUCUACCUCCCAGAGAGCAAAGUCAUGCCACAUUUCAGACGGUUGGUGCAGCAGCAGCAGGUAUAGCAGUGCCUGGCUGAGCAGCACUGCAGCACGCUUCUCCGCCUCUGCAGAGAACCUCAGCACCUUCGAGCUCCAGCACUGUGACGGAUCAGUCCUCGUGAUGCCUGGCUCAAAGGCUCAGACGCCACCCAGAAAUCAUCAUCCUCCUCCUUCCUGCGCACUACAUCAGACUUCAGCCACGCUGUCGUGGCAGCAAACGGCUCAAAGACGUCACUGCAGAGGAAAAAGUUCCCUUCCUCUCCUCCGUGAAAAACCAAAGUGAUCACACACUGUGACUGACGGUUCAAUCACUGGAGGUCAAAUCAAAAUCAGGAAAAUUCAGGUUUUCUUCCUCCAGCAUUAUUUUUAUAGUGUAGGCCAUUAUAACUGUGGGUUUCAAAAAUGUGCAAAAAUGUACAUGUAAAAAGAAAAACAAAAACAGACUGUGCACCUUGAAAAAACAAAAACAAAAGAUGAAAAACAAACAAAAGACAGAGGGAGAAAUUUGCUUUGAACAAAACCAGAACUGUCUGACUCUGAAAAAGCUUUUCUCUAAACUCUGUUUUUUAGGUUCUUUAUUUUAGCUUUAUUAGAAAUAUUACGAGUAACACUGAGACACAUGCAUCAUGCAUCAGAUAAUCAUAUUUUUUACGGCUGAAAAUAGUGCUGAGUGUUUUCAGCGACUGUAGCUCAGAUACAAACCGUUACGAGGACGCUGCCAGUGACUGAAAAAGGCUGCGAGUUCUGUUUUUGAGAAGAGCAGCAGUGUGGUUUCUUUUCUGGUUUGCUUCUGCUUUAUCCUUUAUCCUCAUGACUUCAUGCAAUACAUUUAUUUCAUGAAGUCAAAAUUUUUCUUCAAGCCUGAACAUGUGGUUGCUUUUGCUUCAGCCUGUAUUUCUUUUGUAAGGUUUAUCCUGCCCUGUAAUCAGGAUAUUUGCUCUCAGUCUCUCCGUUUCUGUGUUGCCAGCUUUACAUGCAGCGAUCUCUAUUUUGACUUCAUGCCGUUCAGAGAGUGCAGACGUCCUUUUAAACGAAACUAUGAUGGGGGUUAGUGUUGGUACACAGAGCCUCUAUAACAUAUGAGACAAACGCUGCUGUGAUGCUCACUCGUCUCCAGCUGCUUUGCUUCUGUUUGUUAUGGACUGCAGUUAAAGGCUGUCUCACUCUGACGAUUGCAGUUUUUGCAUUCGCUCCAGUUUUUGGAAUAAAACGUGUCAGAAGGGAAAACAGUUUUUCUUUUGCACGCGCUGCAUGUUCAUGGGCUGCAUUAUCUGAAACGAGCAGCAACACAACUGAAAACCACAGACGACACUGAUCUGGUUAAUAAUAGGAAGAAACAUGAAGCGCUGACUGUAAGACUGCAGUUUACAGAAAGGACAUCAGAAUGUGUCUGUCACACUAAACAUGGAGCAUUAACAGAUACUUAAAAGUUGCAGUUCUGCAAUGAUCAUUUACAUUUUUAGCACAGAUAUUCCUGGAAACUGAAACUUGAGCAUCUGUUUAAAGUGAAGCGCAAACACAUUCAUGAUGUUAACAGCAGGAACUCGCUGUGGCUACUGACUUCCUUUUUCUGCACUAUUAACACUGCAGUUCCUGAGUGUCUGCUUAUGAAAUACCUUAGAAACACACAUCGCUCAGUAGUUUUCUUUUCAUUGUAUCGUAAAGGGACAGAUAUUUAACCAAACUGAGGCCUCCAACAGGACGUCUGUUGAAGUCUGGUGUCAGGACACCAGUGGAAGAUUUAUAGGAGACUCAUUCAUGUGGACUUCAUGUCCCUUUUCCAGCCUUUGUUGAAAGGAAGCUUCAGAAACACUUCCUGUUGAGCCUCAGUUGUUUUUGCACUUUGCCUUUUAGCAUCACAGUCCUCAGACUUUAUUUUAUCACCAAGUAACAACAGUAUAUAAUAUUUUUCUACAUUUAAAGUAACUUAUUGUAAUGAUGUGUAUUUAAAAACUGCCUGAUAAUAAUUUAUUACUAAUAAUCCUGUGGAUGAAGAAUCGUGUCUCCUUUGAACCUGCAGGUGUUUUAUCCUCUCACCAGAUAAUGUUGGAAACAUGAUUGUUCAUCCUGAGAUUUCCACGUUCUUCCACUCAUCUUAUUUUCCUUCGUGUGUUUAUGGACUUGAGUUUUAUAGAUGUCAGAGCAGGAGAGCCGAAUGAGUUUGGACCAGGGUUCUGCUGUAAGACCCCAAAGAGUUUGGAUACGAUCCGUUUGGUUUUUGGAAAAGCCUAAAACUUUAUCUCCUCCUACCAUAGCUCUUGUUGUCCUGAAUUAGCCAAAGUUUGUCUUUCUAACUCGCAGUUCAUGUGCUUUUAAGACUGUGUUCACCCGUAAAUGUUAUUUUCUAAUAAGACUGGUCUGAUCCCAGAGACUUCGUGUUAAUAUCAUGUGUAAGUGAGGUGUGUGACUGCAGCCGUGCAUGUCGUGUGUGUGUGUUUAGUACACAUGUGAAGAGCUGUGGGCAGACAGACUGCACAGCCAGUGUAACAAAGAAGAAGCAGUGAAUGCUGCUUGUUAAUUCAAUUUGAAAUCUUUGAGGUUUUUACAUUUUACAUUUCAAUCCAUCAUAUUUUAAUUAAUUUACAAACAGGAUGUAAACAACACUGGAGUAGCAUCAAGUGAGGGUUAAAUGUGUUUAUUUUUAUAUGAAGAAUUAUUUCACACAUGGGCCUGGAGUCAACUUAGACUAACAUGGAACCAAUGUGACGUUCACUGUGACAAACGACCCAAAUAAAAUCAGUCUGCUCAUUGAGUUUAACCAGCAAAAGCAUUAAGAUGUAUAAUUUGCUGAUGAAGCAAUCAGACGUUGGACUGCUCCAGUAAAGACGUGUUUUACAGACAGUGAGGAAGAAUCCACACUCAGUGACUUGCUCUGAGAUGCUUCAGUUCUUCAUACGUACCUAACAGGAUGUAGUAAACAGCAGCGCUGAUAAAGUCCGAAAAAUGUUCAAAACUUCGGUCAACUUAAAGAUAAGAAUCUGCUUGAGAGUAGAAACGGCACGUGAGCUUCCAAAAUCAUCUUCUCUACAUUAGAGAUUUGUGAUAUUGACUCUAUGCAGCUUUUAUUCUGUCAUCCUCCUCUUCCUCCGUUUGUUUACCUCUAAUGUGCCACAAUAAAAUUUUUUACCUGUCACUGUUAUUUAAAUGUCACAUUAACAUUUUGUAUUUAGUUUGAGUGCUUACUAUCAUUUUAUUAUUCUUUGAGCACUGCGGUGCUGUAAAGGGAAAUAUUUACCAAGUGUUUGUUUUUGUUUAUAUUUACCUUUUUUACCUUCUAAGUUCUCUGUUAACUUAAAAAAAAAAUUGUAAUUUUUGUUGACAACACAGACGAAGCACGCAGCAGUUCAGCAGCGUUGCAGUCGAGGCGUCACAUAAGUUAAAGCCACAGAAAUAUUUUUAUGUUGCUACUUUUGCAUAAAUAUAUUUAAUGAUCCAACACAGUUGAAAUAAAGAGGCGAGACUAGUUAAGACGUGUUGCAUUGAAUUGAUUUGCAACUAAGGUAAAUAUUCUUUGUAUGAGGAAGCUGAGCUCAAAUACUUCCACUGCACAAGUGAAGGAAAUGUGUGUAUUGUAAUAUUUAUAAGAUAUUUUGUAAAGGAUAAAGACCAUACACUGUUAAAAUGCCAAUGUUUAUGUUUAUUUUCAUUAAAAUAUGUAAAUUACUGCA